UGACUGCGCACACUCUGAACAGCGAGUGGAAGUCGCAAGCAUUCACUUUAGCAACGGAGGAGAUGCAAGAACGCCACACAGGAGAAAACAUCACGCAGCGAAUGCAAGAAGUAAUUUCGGCAUGGAAGUUGGACGGCAAGGUAACGGCUGUUGUCACUGAUAAUGCAUCUAAUGGCAUUAAUGCUGUGAAUGCGCUGCAAGGUAUAUUAGAGCCAAAUGACGUUACCUGUUCAGCGCACAGUCUCCACCUGAGCAUCAAAAAAGCUCUGUCUAACACGGAGAUCGAUGGCCUCUGCCAGAAGAGCGGAAGGUUGGUUGCUCACUUUAGGCAUUCGACCGUCGCCAGCGAUGAGUUGAGUAGGCGGCAGGAGCUACUCGGCUUACCCACAGAGCGCCUCAUGCAAAGCUGUCCGACAAGAUGGAGCUCGACUUACCAGAUGCUUACAAAGCUUAUCAAGCAUCGGUCUGCUAUACAAAGUGUUCUUGCUGACCGAACAAUUGUCACAGCAAAAAAAGCGCAGAACCUAGAGAUCAGUCAGCAUGAAUGGAAUGUAAUCAGUGAGCUUUGUGAGGUCCUUGAGCCUCUUCAUCUUGCAACCACCAUUCUCUGCAGCGACACGGUGUCUCCUGUCUCCAUGGUUCGGCCAGUGGUGAAAGCAGUAGUGAAGAAACUAGAGCUUCAGAGCACGGGUGACUUGGAAGUCGAGAAUUUCAAAGAAGUAGUUCGGAUGGAGAUAUCUCGGCGAUUUUCCUUGGACUGGGACGCCCAGCAGAGGUCGGUGUCUGCACGCCAGAGAGCUUCUUUUCUCGAUCCAAGGUACAAAUGCCUCCACUAUGAGGAGCCAGAUGCCAGAGAGGCCAUCCGUAGCAAUGUUAGAGAAAUGUUAAAUCUCUUGUCGCCUUCGGCUGAUGAAAGCGGGAUGGGUACUGCCCAUACCGAAGCAACUGCACUCGACAUACUGUUUAAUGAACAGCCGCGCGUCAGUGACCCGUCCGCUCAAUUUGACGCAUACCUCUCCGAGCCCCAGCUGGGGCACAACAUGGACGCACUUAAAUGGUGGAAGGACAAUGAACCCAAAUUUCCCCUAUUGGCGGAACUUGCCAAGAAAUAUAUGUGCAUCCCAGCCUCAUCCGCAAGUUCAGAGCGCGUUUUUUCGACUGCCGGAAAUAUAAUCACUGCCAAAAGAAGCUGCCUUCUACCGGAAAAUGUGAGCUCUCUUGUGUUCUUGUACCAAAAUAGGGCGUACAUGGAUAUGUAA